AUUAGUCAUAUUAUUCAGCAGACCGCCAUAAAUAACACGUUUAACAUCAAAGUUCACGUUUAUUGACGCCAUCACGCCCCAUCGAUGCGUCUAAAAAUACCCGCGUCUUGCAGUCUAUCGGUUUCCGAACGCACCUCCAGCCAGUCUGCUGGAGGCAGCCACUGCAAUCGCAAUUUUGCCGCGCUUUCGCAUUUUCGUAAAAUACUUUUUUGUUUCAAACAACUGAAAUUAUAGUGUUGUUUAAAUUUAUAUUUAAAGGUGAUAUUUUGAAUAAUGAUGGCGUUUAAAAUGGGCUUGAGAUUGCCGCCUUUGAUUUUAUUGGUAUUUAUUUGUGCGGAUGUCGUGGCGAAGGAUUCGGCGGAAGUGACGGAGCGGAUUGAGACAAAACAGACCUUUAAGGCCAACACCGGCGCCCCGCUGAUGUUCGCAGACGAACUAAAACAGACGCUGGAGAAGUACCUCUUCGGGAUGUGUCCGAGCGGCUACAAGUAUCUUUCGCAGAUGCCGAAGCCGAAGAACGCCACCAGUGUCAGCUGCGACCUCGACACGGAGCAGCAAGACCUCGCUGGGAGAUUAGCAGCCCUAGCGCUCCGAGCGCACUCGGCCGGCCGCGGCGACUGCUCGCGGCUCGGCGUCGCGCUCGCCAACACGUUCGGCGAGCUUGCUCGCACCGCCGCCAACAGACACGCGCUUAGCCAAGCAGCCACAAACGAAGCGAACAAGAAACGCAAGCUCUCCAAGAGCCAGAAAGCUAAGAUUCAAGCGAAGCAGCGGACCGCGCUGGCCGUUAAGAAGAAGGCUGCCGCGUUAGCUGCCGCCGCGGCUGCUAAAAUCUCCGCGUAGAUACUAGCUUUUACUUUAA